AUGGAUGAUGUUGUUUCCUACCCAAUCGCGGACAGCGAACAAGCAUUUUUGGACUCUUCAAUUCUACCGGGCGCUUCUGAGUUUGUUGGCUAUGCUCCCAUUGACUCUGAGCCUCAGAAUCCUCGUUCGGACCAAGACGGUGUCGACAAUGUCGAUACAUCUAUCACUUCAGAACCACUCCCUGGCAUGGUCCUCGAUUCUCUUGCAUUGGUUGACCUUCCGAGCCUCUCCUUCUAUGCCUUUGAUUUUACCUCAUCUCUUCCGUAUCCCUCAACAAACAUGCCGAGGAACCACCCGAGGUCUGCGCUGUCUCCCCCCACACAGAUUAGUCCAGAAGUGACACAGUUCGAGGAGGGAUGUCAAAGCGAAUCGACGGGGGGACCACCAUCCCAACAAAUUCAUGAUCAUGUUGUGCCGCCGAAACCUUACGUAUUCCCAGACGUCCAGUCCGAUCAACUACAGGCAUCAUUCAGUGGGAUCUACUGCCACAUCCCCCAUACGAAUCUACUGCAGCAAGCCCAUCAGAAGGCGUCCGAGUUCUUCUACUCUAUUCACGACCAUCAAGAACUGACUGGUGCGUUGGUGCCUACAUUUUUGCCCUUCUCGGCAUUCAACGCCUUCAUACAAUUAUACUUUGAGCAUUUCCACCCGAGCUGGCCUUUCAUCCACCCUUCGGCCCUCGCACAACCAGACACAUCCUGGAUUCUUCAUGUAGGGAUAGCUGCUGUUGGCGCACGAUAUGCCACUGCAGACACCAUGGAACUGUAUAUGUCGGCCAUGCUGGUUCUCCAUCGUGAUGCUAUUCUACAAAACCGACCGAAGUCACCGAAAGAAGGAGAGCUGACUUUCUCCCAAAGCGUUCUUCUGCAUCACAUUUCAUUGGCGUUUGGCGGAUCUCAACCCCAAUUGACCAACAUGUGCUUUGAACGAAGCAUCCUGACGACUCUAUGCCAUAACCGAAUUACUACAAUGACAUGGUUGCCUGACGAUGCUCAGCCGGCAAGUGCCGAUGGCCUGAGGUGGGAGACUUGGGUUGCUACUCAGAGUAAUUAUUGGCUCAUAUACAGCGCUUGGCUUUUCGAAUGCUUGAGCCAAAUUUUCUUCGGCAUGCGCCCUCUCAUGAACCUUGAAGACAUUGAUGUCCCUUUACCGGAGCAAGGAAGCGCAUGGAGUGCAGUUACUCGAUCAGACUGGGAAUCAGUUCUUGGCAAGCGGCCCGGUGGUCAGGCAUCGAAAAAGUCACUAAAAAAGGUUCUCUACGAUGCCGACUCCAUGCAAGAGAUUGUACCGGAAGCAGAUGGGUUCCUCCGACUCCUCUUUACAGCAACAUUGUUCGUUGAGGAGAACAUGGAGCUUCUCAGAACAAAAUCAUGGUUGGCGGAAGGGAUAUCGAAUCCCUCAUCACUGGCACGCAGCCGGACCCCAACUCAACCAUCCCUCGAAAGAGACACGCCUUUUCGCCUUCAGAAUCGCCUCAAGGCUAUGGACGCUGACUUCAAUCUCCUCCAACCCAACUUUACAGUCCAUCCGUUCGCCAGCGAUCUCUCCAUCAUGGAGGCUUGCAUGUAUCACGAAGUUCACAUCAUACGCCAUGUUCGCCUCAAGGGACUCUACGCAUUAACAGGGUGGCAAGCGAGCCAAACAUAUGUGGAUAUAGCCGAACGUGACUUCAAGUUAUGGCUCCAUGACCACCAACCAACGGUACGUACAUGCCUUUGGCAUGCCGCUACCCUAUUCGGUACUCUGCACUCUCGACGGCAUAUGACACUCUGGGAACCCCUGUGCUUCCUUACGGGGGCUAUAUAUAUCUGGGCAUAUCUCAAGCAUGCCGACAGCAAAACAAUUCAACCGUCAUCUUCCGAAAAUAUGAUUGAAAACCAGAAAGCAUUGCGCCUCGAUCGACUGACGAAAGAGGAUGAGCGGAAUGCUUGGAUUGAGCAUGGGUUCAACGGGAAUGUCCAUGUAACGGGCAUUGGCAACCUGAAUCCCGGGGAGCGUCCCAAUCGGGUCCUGGAGGAGUUACAUAGAUGCCUGAUUCCUCAAACUGGUACGGCAAAUCUUGCAGGCGGCAUCGCAAAGGCUGUCAUGCAGGUGUGCCGUGGUUUAUCACCAUCGUUUUAA